CCGCUCGCAAUCUUCACACUGAGGUUUCAUUUGCGAGAGUCGUGGUCCCGCGUACACAGCUGUCACUGCAAGCAAAUAGCAGAUUGGAUGCAAUAUUUCUUGUGUGCACUCACUCAUUCGCGUCGCUGCGCUGUAACUUGGAUAAACCGUUAACCGGCUAAAUUUUUUAGAUUCGCUUAAUUAUUUUUGCAAUUUUCUUUAGUGCUAAAAAUAUAUCGACUUUAAGUGCAAACAAGUUUUCUUUCUAUAAUCGAAAAUGAUUCACGUAUCUCAGGAUAUUAUUGGCAGUACCACUGAUCCAAUAACAAAAGAGGUGGCUCACAUAUAUCGCUUCACUCUGGUCAAUGAUCAGACCCAAAUGUAUGUGCAGAUCCUGUCGUAUGGUGCAACUAUCUACUCGCUCAGAGUCGCUGAUGCCAGUGGCAAAUUGGAUGACGUUGUUCUUGGUUUCGACUUGUUAGAAGAAUAUGAACAACCGCAAAAUCCUUACUUUGGCGCCACUAUUGGACGUGUUUGCAAUCGUAUUGCCAACGGCAGUUUCUUUAUUUAUGAUAAGCCAGUUCAAGUUACGAAAAAUCGUGGCAACAAUCAUUUGCAUGGUGGUAAAAUCGGUUUCGGUAAGGUACCCUGGGAUCUGAAAGAAAUUCAUGUGGAUGGUGUUACUUUCGCUCAUCGUUCUCUAGACGGUCACGAGGGCUAUCCAGGUGAAGUAUACGCCACCGUGCGUUACACACUCACCGAAGACAAUGCGCUGCGCAUCCAUAUGACUGCAAAAACAACAAUGACAACUGUGGUCAAUAUGACAAAUCAUUCGUAUUUUAAUUUGGCCGGACAUAACUCUGGCAAGAAGGGUCUCUAUGAGCACAAUGUCGCAAUUUUCGCAGAAGACAUAACCGAAACGGAUGAGGAGUCAAUACCAACAGGAAGUUUUAAGCCCGUAGUUUGUACACCUUAUGAUUUUCGCAGUAUGGAAAACCUAGGUAAACGUAUACAAGCACUACAGCCGGACAAGUUGGGUUUCGAUGAUAACUUUUGUGUGUCACGAAUAGAUUUGGAUGCGAAUGGUGUAACGCCAGUAGCUAGAGUCAUUCACCCGCAGACUGGUCGUUGGAUGGAAGUAUCCAGCAAUCAACCAGGCGUACAAUUCUACACCUCUAACUAUUUGCCGGAUGAAGAAAAAGGCGAGAAACCCCUUAUCGGCAGAAGCAAUGCACGCUACUGCAAACAUGGCGCCUUUUGUCUCGAGACACAAGUUUAUCCCGACGCACCGAAUCACGUGAGUUCAAUAGCUACUACAAAAAAAAAUGGACGCAAA